CUCCCCUACUCGGAAGUCUGCAGUAGACUGACAAAACAAAAUAAAGCAAAACAAAUGAGACAGGAAUUUCUGUAGUAGACUGUUUGGAGUGAAGAGUGGUAUAGCCGGAACGUCAUCAUGAUGAUGUCAACAGCUCUGGCGAACUCGGUCCAUUUCGAGAACUGGACCGCCAAUCAUGUGGCAGAAUGGCUUAGAGGUUUGGAUGAUGCCAUCCUACCGUAUGUGCAUUUCUUCCUCAACAGUGGCAUUGAUGGCAAGAAAUUGAUGCUAUUGACACCAUUUGACCUUGAGAAGAUCAGUAUCAUGAAGGUUGGGCAUCAGGAACUUAUUCUAGAAGCAGUAGAUCUACUGAAGUCUCUACGAUAUGGGUAUGAAACUGAGACCCUCCAACACUUGGCAUUACAGCUGGGAUGUAAAGCUCGUAGUUUACAUAAUGAAAUCCAAGCCAAGUCAGUAGAAAACGAUAAGAAUCGGGCAAACGUUUCACAGGGCCCUCCAUCCAGAAGACUAUCUAUAAAGAUCCUCUCAGCACUGGCUGACCUCAGUAUGACAUUGAAAAAUGUUGUGUCCUGGCUAGACAGAUCUCCAUUUGAGUCUAUGUAUGGCCUAUGUCUGUUGAGGAAUACCAUUGUGAAGCUUGGAAUCGAACUGGUGUCAUCUUACCAGAAGGACAGCAGGCAGAAUGACAUAGAGGACAACAUCUUGAAAUCAUGUAUAAUCCUGACAGAGGUUUGUGACGAGCUGGUCAUUAAGAACAAAGAGUCCCUGGUGGUACAACCUGCCUCCCUAGAACAGGCCACCAUCAGGAAGAAACCAGGCGAGGAACUUGGGAUGCACAUCCAAUCAUCUUACUACGGCAUUCAUGUCAUUGGAGGCAUCAAGGAAAUGUCACCAGCAGAUUUAUGUGGUAAAAUAGAGAAAGGAGAUGAGGUGAUUCAGGUGAACCAUAAAACUGUGGUUGGCUGGCAGCUCACAAAGCUGGUGAACUCUCUGAAGGAGAAACCUAAGGAGGUGGUCCUUGUACUGAAGAAACGACCACACCAUAUCAUGCCCUAUGGACAUGUUGCAAACAAAAAGAAGCAAAUGACCAAGGUAGCAGUUUCCACUCUGCCAAAAUCCAUCAAGAAACGGCGUUCUAGAGAGGGAGGUGACUCGAAACAAGCACGGCCUUCCCUGCAGGAGCUGGUCAGUACAGCUCGAACGGAUGACAUGGACUCACCAAGAGAGGAAAGAACAUCGGAUGAAAAAGAUGACGGAAAUGACACUGACAAUGAUGUGUUCAGAAGUGGUUCAGAGUCACCUCAGUACGUAAAAGCCAGUGUAGUCGACCCUAAACAGCGACGUGCCACUGUCAGUGGUGGAUCUCCGACACUCAGUCGAACUCUCCUGGGACCUGAGGACAUUGAUACACCCACACGACCGAAAUCCUUUACAGUCUCUGCUGCUGAUGCUCCACAAAUCGAGUAUCGUGAUCACGGAAUACCAGGUGAAGACAGUAAUUUACUGCGACUCGGGGAUGCCAAUAAGAUCAUAAACGCCCAGCAGAAGCGACAGGAUUUCCGGACUACGAAGUCUGUGCCCCAGUCCCUGGAGUUUGUGGUGAAGAAGCCCACACCUACUGUCCAGGAACCCACACCCCGACUAAGGGUCACCAGGGCUGACCAGCACAUAGAACUUAUCAACGAUCCCCCAGACCCUGAUACAGAUCGCUCUCCUACACUCGGACUUCUCAUAGUUCCCUCAAGGUUCCAGAACUUUGCCACCUGUUCUCAGGGUGUUGAUGAGGACAUAGACACAUCGGACACACAGCCCCACAUUUCAGCUACCUCCUCAAGUGACACCCUCACAGAGGACACAUUCAAUUCGGAAGAAAAUCUCCGGGCUUCCCACUCUCCUCAACCUUCCUCCCAAUCACCGCAACCUUCUCUCUCACCCCAACCAUCCUCCAAAUCGUCUAGCCAGCAGACUCAAAAUCCUCCUCCACAGCCUCAAACUCGCACCACUCAACCUCAAUCUCAUCCUCCACAACCGCAAUCUCGCUCUCCGCAGCCUCAAUCUCCUUCUCCACUACCGCCAUCUCGCUCUCCGCAGCCUCGAUCUCGCUCACAGCAAUCUCAGUCUCACUCUUCUCAAAGUAAAGAAUCCUCAGAAUUUGUGAUAAGUGCGGAACAAACAAUCAAACACACACCAGACCGGGAUGCAGUUAGCUUAGGUGACCUACCAUCAGAGGAAGACGCAGGUGAAGUGUUCACUGAGGAAACCAUGCCAGGGGUUGCAGCUGAGACUGCAAGUACUGGUACUUUAACUGACCACAAGAUGGACGCCAACUACAAUAAUUCCACACCAGAGGCCACCAACACCAGUGCCACUAACAAUUCUGAAAUCCUCGACCCAAACGGCAAUACAGCGGCCACAGCCACAGAUAAUCAAAACUUAGCCAACACCAACAAUAAUCUCAAUCUGAGAUCACAGACUUCAUUAAACAAGUUUGACCCCAUCACAAACAAGCCAAUACCUGCUGAAAGACAUUCUAUAAAGCCUACAAUUCCUCGAACAUCAGUCAGGGACGGUGUUAUUGAGGCAAGGGCUGUGGACUUGGAGAAGCCACACCAGGCCUUAGACUCAGGUGAGGUGGCACUACCACAGAAACUGAAGAACCAGCCUCAACUAAUGGGAUACCGUAAAAUUGGCUCCUUCACACAUGCUGAUAAGGAUCCUGGACCCAAAAUUGAUAAUCAUAAGGACCCACCAGGACAACGCUGGAGUGCCAAUAGUAGCCCUGGGACCCAGCGUCGCUCAGAUGCCUCCCUGGACAGUGUAGCCUCCUCAGUGACAGAGGAGUUGGUCAGUUACAAGGUGGUGAUAGUGAGUGGCGUCCCCCAGAAGAUCCCACUGGAGAAGACCUCCUCCAUGGAAUCUGGGAAUGUGAUGCUACGACCAAAAAAGACCAAAAAAGUUGACCGGCGUGUAUCAUGUAGAGACCUGGGAGAGGGUGACUGCCAGGGCUGGCUGUGGAAGGGCAGGAGUCGCGCGGAUGGACCACUGUCCCGACAAUGGUUCAAACGGUGGUGUGUCCUAAAACACCAGAACAUGUUCUACUUCAAGGAUAAGGAGGACAUGAAGGCAGAAGGUGUCAUACAUUUACCAGCAUUUCAAGUGUCCCCGGUGUCAGAGCGUGAGAUGAAGACAAAAAAAUUUACUGGAGCAUUUAAAAUUCACAAUCCUGGGACGGCCUUCAUAUUUGCCUCGGAAAGGAAAGAAGACAUGUCCAAGUGGAUGACUAAAUUUGGACUGGCUGCAAUCGGAUUCAAGCCAGCUCCCACAGUGACAAAAGAUCCUGACCCGAGCUUCAGUGAGAGUGACGAGGAGCCUGAUCAGGACGAUUCCUCAGCUAGUAAGAACAGCUCUGAGUCCAUAACAAGCCUGCCCACCUCUCCAUGUGACAAAACGUCCAUGGAAUCAAUACCCAACUCCCCAGAUAACCUGUAUUCCACUAACAAUAUCAUCAUGGAGUGCCCUGAACCACUUUCUCACUGUACGGCCAGUAUGCAGGAGAGUACAGGGGACCUAGGAGCUCUGAUGAGGAACAUACAGAGGGAAGACCUGACUCUGGAUGGGACUGACCGAGGCAAGCAGAGGAAGACAAUGCUAAGCAUUGGUGGGGAGGACUUUCCCAGUCGAGACACCAUCAAGAAAGUCAAGCAGCUUCACUCCCUAGAACGAACUGUCAGGGCAAAAGAAAAAGAACUAGCUGAAAUAGAGAAGUUGUUGCAACUGCCAUCGAAAUGUCGACUGCAAACAUUCCAGGAGGCGUAUAUGAGGCCCUCUAUUGCAGAACCCCAUAGUAAUCCUUCUAGUGACUCUGAUUCUGAGCCCUUCUCUUCCCAUAUAUGAACAACCAAUUGACCUUGUUGAUAGGACUCAUGAGGGAUUGCAUACAACUCAUGUGGAACUAGGGAAUUGACAUCUGGAUACAAUUUAAACUUUCAAACCAAAUAGACUGUGGAAUGCCAGCCAUGAUGACUGGUUGGUGAUGAGGCACUCCUGAUUGAGACUGAGGAAUGAUGACCAACAGUGAGUGAUAUUGAUGACAAAUGAAGUAUUGUGUAAGGAAGGUGUACUUGUAAGCCAAGUACAGGAUCUGCUGAAAUUGUAUUUCAUCAUACACAAGUGCUAACUUUCUACAAGUGAAUUCCUGUGACAGGUUUCAAGGAACCUUAAUCACUGUGACAUGUGACAGGUUUCAAGGAACCUUAAUCACUGUGACAUUUGUCAGGUUUUGAAAUAAUUUUCUGUGGCUUUUCUUAUACCGACCCUAACAUUAUAACUGCUCUGACUCUACAAUUGUACUGACCCUACAAUUGUACUGACCCUACAAUUGUACUGACUUGUACUGACCCUACAAUUGUACAAUUGUACUGACCCUACAAUUGUACUGACCCUACAAUUGUACUACUGACCCUACAAUUGUACUGACCCUACAAGAAGUCAGAAUGUUCAAUGUGAGUUCUUCCAGAACCAUGACAUAAUAGUGAUACAUAACUGUUUUGUUAACAGAAAAUUAACACCUUGACAAUUUGUAAUUAACAGCUGCUGUGACUAUAUGUGUGAUAGAUUUGGAUGUGAUAGAUAUUACGACAAGAGUACAGCCAAUGUACUACGAUACCGCUGGACGAUUAAGGUCGAUAUUUCUUAGUCGUGCAGAUCUACUGGAAACCUUUCACAGUUCCCUAGGUUAACUAAACAUUACCUCGGUAAACAAGGGGUGAAGAACUAAAGCUUAAAUUUAUCUAAAACUAUAAAUAUUGUGUGCAAUUUAUAGCUGUAUGUACUUCCAUACUAUCUAAACCAAAACCGGAGAUAUCCAGAAAUGUGUAUCCUUGUUUCGGUGUUGAUGUUCAUUGUAUUGUGAUAUUUGUACAAAGAGAUAAUGAACCAGGACUUGAACUUUAAGAUAUUGGUGUGAACUGUGUAAUCUGCAAACUUGUUCAGUCUGAACGCAAUAUUUUGUCCUCAUUGUGUUCAUUUUAAGUACGGUUCAUGAAGCAGUUUUGGCAAAUAUCAUGUAUAAGAUUUGUGUUACAUUUGAUGAACUUUACCUUAAACUACUGGACAUUGAGAGUGUACGCAAAAACAGAAGUUCAGUGUACUUGCAACAAAGUCCAGCAUUGGAUGUUAACGGAUGUUUUAACUACUGUACUUAAGCAUUAACCAAUGCCUGUAAAUGUAUGCUUGGCUUUAAACUCACUACGAGGACAUACACAUCCAUACAUUCCCAUGUUCUGUUACUAGUCUGUGCUGUUUGUUACCUGUUUGUGCUGUUUCACUGUUAUAUACUCGUUAAUAUAUGAUAUACUUUCUUGAACUACUUAAUCACUAUUGUUCUUGCUUUAAGGUAAAGGGUACCACUGCAUCAAUUAAAUGUAAUCACGAAGAGUUCCACUCAGAUUUUUUUUACUUAGGUAUUCUCCCUUAUAUAUAGAAGAUGAAGCAACCAAAAGGAGUUUUUCUGGCUUAGAGUUACUUCCCCUGUCCUGAUUUUCAUAUGCUCUUGGCCCAUAAAUUGCACACCUAUUUUGAUGAUGUGCCUGCGUAACUCCUGUGUGGCAAAAUAGAUAAAGUGUAGGCUUUGCAAUGUAAAUGUUCCAAGUUUAACCUCUGAAGGUUUGAGUGUUUCAUUUUGUUAUUUCUAUUUUCAAACAUUCAAAUUAUGAACAACUACAAUUCUGUAAAAUGCAUGGCAACCUGUGAUUUUUAUCGAAUAUUUCUCCUGUAAAGAACUUAGCGAUAUUUUACAAUAGUGAUGAUGGUAAUAAUAGAGUUUAACUUGUUGGUACCCUUUACCCUACCUGUGUGAGAAAUAUCACAACUCGCUCAGUUGUGUUUGUCAGCAUUAAUGUAAAUCGCUAAUGUGAUUUGAAAUUAGGCAUUUAAAAAUGUCUGCAAACUUAGCAAAAGAUAGUAAGUGUUUGCAUGUUUGGUACUUAAACAUCCUGCCUUAGCUAACAGCUUGGUGAUUUGCUUGGUGCACAAGCAUUACGUGUUAUUGUUAUGGUGUAUUGUUACAGGAAACCGUCUUCUCUGAUACAACAUAUUUACCCUCUUACUUCUCUCAAUGGUGUGUUUGAAGGAGAAAGCAUGUUAGUAGCGUCAUCUAAGCCUGAGAGAAUUUAUUUUUUUACUUUAGUUUUCAAGUCAUGUCCCAGCUUAUUAGAAGAAAGGAUAUUAAUUUGUGACUCAGCUGUAGAAUUUGUUUAAAGGACCCACCCUUCUACCAAUGUCCAGUUGAGGGAUUUAUAAGCAGUUGAUCUAAAUUCAAACAGUUGUUGAAAUUUGUAUGUGAAUACCGGGUAUAUCUGUCUGAAAGUCUCCACCUAGGCCUAAUAAACAUAUACAAUGACACCUUUCUAACGUAACCCCGGAGUAUUUUGACAUUCUGUUUAAUCCACUCAAGAAAACAAUUUUAUAUAAGAGCACUAGCUAGACCACAAGUGGAUUUUGACAAAUCUGGCCAGUCUGACCUAUGUUUUCACAGUAUAUAUUGAAACUUAUCAUCAGCCUGUAUCCUAACAUUCUGUCUAAAAUCUGACCAAUAGCUUAAUUGUUCCACAGGUUGUCAGAUCAGACAGUUUUUGAUGUAAAAUGUAUGUGUAAGAAAUAUAUUCACAUUGAAAAUUACCUGGUAACACUAAUGUUUAUCUUGAGGUGUCCUAGUCGAAGAACACAACAGUAGUUCAAGAAUGUGUAAGGGGUGAUAACUCAGGACUGUAAUUAGAGAAAACUAAGACAGGAGAUUACUCUUGUGACAGUAAGGAGAGAUAACACAGGACUGUAAUUAGAGAUAACUUAGAGAGGAGAUUACUCUUGUGACUGUAAGGGGAGAUAACACAGGACUGUUAUUAGAGAUAAAGUAAAGAGGAGAUAACUCUUGUGGCUGUAAGGGGAAAUAACUCAGGACUGUAAUUAGAGAUAUCUUAGAGAGGAGAUAACUCUUGACUGUAAGGGGAUAUAACACAGGACUGUAAUUAGAGAUAAAGUAAAGAGGAGAUUACUCUUGUGACUGUAAAGGAAUAUAACACAGGACUGUUAAU